ACUCAGAGGAAGAGGCAGAGGUUGCUCAGGAAGAAAUGAAUGUAGUGAGGACCACUGGACCAACCAGAGAAGUGCAUAUGGUUCACGAUCUCGAACAGACAAAGGGAGAAGAAGAGAAAAUAAAACUAGAGCUCAAAGUAUCCAGGGUGGAGGGAAAUGCAAAAGACUCCCCCAUCAAAGAGCCAGAUGGACAAAAGAAGAAAAAGAAGAGAAAACGCAGCUUUUCCUCUCUUGCAGGUGGCUGGGAAUAAAUUUAAUAAAUUGCAAAUAUGACAGUGUCCAUCGUACAGCCCGACGGUGUGGAUUGAAGGAGGUUGGGGAGGAUGAGGAAUGGAUAUUGUACUGGACUGACUCUUCUGUAUCUCAUGAACGAGUCAUGGAGAUGAAGCGUUUUCAGAAAAUGAACCAUUUUCCGGGAAUGAGUGAGAUUUGUAGGAAGGACCUUCUAGCCAGGAAUAUGAACAGAAUGUUGAAACUCUUCCCAAAGGAAUACAAUAUCUUCCCACGUACCUGGUGUCUUCCUGCAGAUUUUGGGGAUUUUCAGGCCUACUGUCGAACCAAGAAGAACAAAACAUACAUCUGUAAACCAGAUUGCGGGUGUCAGGGCCGUGGCAUUUUCAUUACGAAAAAUCCAAAGGAGAUUAAAAAUGGAGAAAGGAUGAUCUGUCAGCAGUACAUCUGCAAGCCUUUCAUUAUAGAUGGCUUCAAAUUUGACCUCCGUGUCUAUGUCUUGCUCACAUCCUGUGACCCUUAUCGAAUAUUUGUUUAUAAUGAAGGGCUGGCCCGGUUUGCAACAACGAAGUACAGUGAACCUUGCAGCAGCAACUUGGAUGAUGUUUGCAUGCACUUGACAAACUACGCUAUCAACAAGCACAGCAAGAACUUUGUUAGAGAUGGUGACAGCAGCAGCAAAAGAAAACUGUCCACAUUCAACACGUGGCUGGAUGAAAAUGGGUAUGACCAUGCCAAGGUUUGGGCAGACAUUGAAGAUGUUAUCAUUAAAACGCUGAUCUCUGCUUAUCCAAUCUUAAAGCACAGUUACCGGACUUGUUUUCCCAGUCACACUGCUGGCAGCGCUUGCUUUGAGAUCUUAGGAUUUGAUGUUCUAGUGGACCGCAAUCUGAAGCCAUGGCUCCUGGAGGUAAACCACUCGCCCAGCUUUACUACAGACUCCAAGCUGGAUCGAGAGGUGAAGGACAAUUUGCUGUAUGACACAAUUUGCUUGAUAAACCUCGGAGCUUGUGACAAGCGAAAGGUGAUUGAGGAAGACAGGCGGAGGAUACAGGAACGGUUGUUGCAUCGCCACAAAUCUCGUGAAUUGAGGCGGGAGCAGAAUGAAAACAACCAGGCGGUCUGGCUUCAGCAGUCAGAGAAGUAUGAGGAUGAACACUUGGGUGGAUUCCGCAGAAUAUACCCGCAACCAGACUCUGACAAAUAUGACCUUUUCUUCAAACACAGUGGGUCCCUUUUUCAGGAGACAGUGGCUUCCAAAGCGAGGGAGGAGUGUGCCAGGCAACAGUUGGAGGAGAUCCGAUUGAAAAAUGAACCAAAAGAGUCCUUGGCGAAAAGCAGGCGAUUGAAGGACAGCAGCUUGCAGGGGGAGUCGGCAGGGGAAAGGCCACCACUGCAGUCGCUCACCCGGAGAGCCCUCUACCGCAAACCGUGCGCAUCAGUCAGGAAUAUGUUGGCAGAAUCUAUUGAUAUUAUGAAGCCACUGGAUAUCAUAGAAGAGGAGGAAUUGGAGCGAGUCAGUGGAUUAAUGCAGCGAGAAAAUCUUUUGCGUACAUUGGGAAUCAUUGAACAAGUUUACCGGUUAUUACAGAACAGCUCUGGUGUUAACAGCAAUCCACCACAGGAGCACCUAUUUUAUGGAGGUGCUUCAAAUAAAUCAGUUAAUUACCCAACCUUCAUCAAACAAGCUUGUAGUCAGGAGUAUGAGGGACCAGCAUCUGGUAUCCCAUUGUCUUCUGUGGGAAAGAAUCCUUCGUCAGAAUUGGGAAUCCUGAACCCUCCUACAAUAAACUGGUCCACACUUCUGGGACCCCAAGGACAACCUCCAGUGCACCUUGGAAGUAUGGGAAACCCAAGUCUCGGAAUGGGGCUACCACCACAUCGUUUUCAGUACCGCUUCCCCAUGCGAAAAAGUGUGAUGUGGUCAGGAAGUCACAAUCCUGUUGGUUGGAAUGAAUCUGUUGUCACCGUGAAAGCGAAUGGUUCACCAGAGGGAAGAUUGAGUGGAGCUGGAGUCUGUCCUCGUUCGUUAAGUGCCAAAAGUAAAUUCAUUAAUGACAAUUCAGUGCAGGAAGUGAGACCAAAUCGAAGUGGCAACAUGUUUACAAGUUCCAUGAACAACCUCAGCAACCCUGGAAACCCAGUUACUGCACGUCUGACUAAUCCAGGCACGGCCUCCAGCCUGCCAAACAUGAAGAGUAAUGCAGGCAUCCCUGUAACCCAUGGACUUACUGUAGUCUCAGCCCGAGCCCCCAUGAAUCAACGAUCCAAUUUGUCAAACCGAGCGAACAUACUUAAUGUGCUUCAAUCUGACCUCAGGAGAGCAAGAAAAGGAGAGGGAACAGCAUUGAAUCCCAGUUCGCUCAACAUCCCAUAGGCAGGCCUUGAAUGGAGGCUAAGAUGCACAUGGAGCAGCAAGUUUGCGGAGGGCCACAGGUGAUGGGGAGAGGAUCACAAUGGCCCUUGGGCUGCACAAUGAGAACCACUGCUGUAGACUGAUUUUUUUCAUAUAUUUAUCAUUUUUUUUCUGAAUACAUCCAAGUGAGAAAGCCCCUAGCAAAGUAUGGAUAUAAUUGAUCUGAACAUAUAUUUGGAGCCAAUGUGAUUUGAUAUUUAAGGGAAUGCAUGGUGUAUGGGGAAAGAGUACAGUCUGUCAAUAUUGAAGUUUACUUUAUAUUUCAUGUACCUGUUUGGUCAUUAUUUUAAUUUCUUCUAUUUAUUUUGAUUUUUCUUCUCUUUCUGGUCGGGUUGGGUUGAUGAGCUCAGUCAGUUGAACACUGCACUCUGGACCACAAUGUUCUGGGUUCAAAUCCCAGCAACAUUCAUUCGAAGUGAUCUUAAGAAAGCUUAGGAUUUGCAUGCGAACCAAAGGGCAUAUUUAUGUUUAAUGGAGACUGCUGUCAAUGGGGACCUGAAAGAGCAUUUCUUAUUUAGUUUUUACAUUGUUUUUCCUUUCUUCUCUUUGCCUCUUUAUUGGAUCUAUCUGGCCACAGCUUUAGUAACUUGCUUCCCAAGCAACAAUGCUCGAUUACACAACCUGCAUGCAUGUGGCAUUCUUAACAAUAUAGGGAAGGAGAUAGGUGAUGGAUUGGGUUGGCAUACUUUUUCUGGGAUUUCUAUUGAAUCCAGUCCACACUGAUGGGGGUGAAAAUUUUCCUUUACUGGCUCUAAGCAUAAUUCAUUUUAGAAGUGAACCCAAUUCUCAAUGGGUGAAAGUCCAAGUUACAAAGCUGUCCAUAAUUUGGCUUUAAUAAAAUAAUAAAAUAAAACUUAGUUAAACUUACUUGUGGUGGUCUCAAGGAUGUUCGAUGCAAAAUGGAAGAUUGUUCACUCGUGCAGUAAGGAAUAGAGUUCCAAAGUAGAUUUGAGGCAGAGUAGAGAGAGCCUAAGUCUGUAUUUGUCCUAUGCUGCACCCAUCAGUGAGUCUUUGAUGCUGAAACUGGGUGAAAAGGUGAGGAAAUAUUCAUUCUCAAACCCUUUAUUUUACACAUACAUUUUUUCCCCCAAAUAUACAAAUUUAACUGACUGGUGGUAGAGCAUUGUCAUUGUUGUAAGAAGUUAUGUAAAAGGGGUCCUUGUCACCCUUGAACCUGUGAAAUGCCUACACUAACUGCUAAGUUGUGCUAUGCAGAACUAGUAUUGUGAUUGCGGGCGAUGCUGGUACCAUUUUGAAAUUGGGCAGCACAGAGUACAGUCAAUUCCACAGACUGCAGAGUCUUGUCGCCUGUACCUCGUAUCAGGGUUUGUGUUAGAUACAGGAAUCUCCAGCGAUCUGGGAAUGCUGGGAAUGCUGUUUUAGUCAUUUUAUACCUUCCAAUAUUUGAGAUAUUUUUGCACAUCAAAUUAUUAAUAAAUUAUUUGACGUGAAAUUCGUUUGUUUGUGAGAUCUUUUGUGACAUAUUCCUGAAAUUAUUGUGUGUGUGUGUCUAUUUACCUACAUGCCCACAUAUCUUUCUAUACAUCUGCCUAGAGUAGAUAUUACCUCCAAUGUAUGGAUUGGUGAGCAAAACUACAAUAAAUUACAUUUAUACUGC